AUGGCGAUUAAGUUAGUCAUUGGAGGGUGUACUUUGAACAUGUGUAGUGUUUAUGCACCUCAGGUGGGAUUGGACGGGGAGGAGAAGAAGCAGGAAUUUCAAUGGUCACAUCGGGGUAGUACCGGGGGCUAUGGUGAUGUGCAUGGGGGUUAUGGUUUUGGGGAGAGGAAUGAUGAGGGAGUUGCUUUAUUGGAUUUUGCGAGGGCCUUUGGGUUGGUAGUAGUGAAUUUGAGCUUUCCGAAGAAGGAGGAUCACCUGGUCACCUUCCGAAGUGCAAUAGCUAAGAUGCAGAUUGACUUUCUGCUGCUUCGGAAGGGGGAUAGGGUGCUGUGCAAGGAUUGUAAAGUCAUCCCGAGUGAGAAUAUUUCGACCCAACACAGGCUUCUGGUGAUAGAUUUGGGCUUAAAGAAGGAUAGGAAGAGGAAGGGAGGAGAGGGGUGUCCUAGAAUUAAGUGGGGGCUUGACUCCAGUUAG